AUUAAUAUUCUGUGAUGCACACAAAUACGGGAGCCUUACGUGGGAUUAAAAUAAUGUUACUGAAAACGAGUGCGGUGUACGCCCUGCGCCGCCUUAAUUAACUGGUUUUGUUGUCAUGUUAUUUAUUUCUAAGUUAGUAAUGAACGGAAAACGAGUCUAGCCGACAGUGUGUUUUACAUUUAAUAACAGUUAUUAUGUCGGUUGUUGCAUAUUAUUUUAUUACCGUGUUUAUAUUGUGAUUAAGACCGAUGACAUUUUAGCAUUGGAAGAGAAAUUGUGUAACAUGUAAAAACACGAAAGAACGAAAAAAAACAAAACAACCAUUUUACUAGCGUUGCAAUGUUUGUACAGUUUUUGUGUGAAAUGAAAUAUAAUUUUCUAUUAUUACAAAAACAACUUGGCCGUAAACAUAGUGGACAGGCAACAGGAAAAUGGUUCAAUUAUGUAUUUGGCAAUUACUUCCUUACUGUACUACGCUUUUGCACAUAUAUUUUACCGCCUGCACCUGGACAGGUUAACACACUGAUUUGAUCUAUGUAUGAUGUGAUUUUCAUGUGCCGUGUCGUUUUAUGUGUUUCACAGUUGAAUCACACUCGAGUCACAGAGAGGUACUAUGGGGAAGAGCUGUAAAGUGGUUGUGUGUGGAUUGUCCGCUGUGGGCAAAACAGCCAUACUUGAGCAACUGCUGUAUGCAAAUCACGUAGUAGGUUCGGAGCCCAUUGAGACUCUAGAGGACAUCUACAUUGGCUCAAUCGAGACGGACCGGGGUGUGCGGGAGCAGGUGCGAUUCUACGACACUCGGGGCUUGAGGGAGGGGUCCGAAUUCCCCAAGCACUACCUCUCCUUCGCUGAAGGCUUUGUGCUAGUCUACAGCAUCGACAGCAAGGAGUCCUUCAAGCGCAUGGAGGCCCUCAAGAAGGAUAUCGACAGAUAUAGGGAUAAGAAGGAGGUGACCAUUGUAGUCCUGGGCAAUAAAUGUGACCUUCAGGACCAGAGACGAGUGGACCAUGAAGCUGCCCAACACUGGGCAAAGACAGAGAAGGUCAGGCUGUGGGAGGUGUCCGUGGCUGAUCGCAGGACCCUGAUCGAGCCCUUCGUCCACCUGGCCAGCAAGAUGACUCAACCCCAGAGCAAGUCCACCUUCCCCCUGAGCCGCAAGAUCAAGGGCAGCGGCUCUCUGGACAGCUGAAGAGGGUAGGGUCUUUCAGCAGUAUGGAACUGUAGUCAAAAUGAAUCACGUUGUCAUUCGACCAGUGUGGCACAUGCUUCAGCGUUCAGCGUUUUUGAAGCAUGAUGUGGUUCCGUUCUUCUGAAAUGCCCUGUUCUUUUUGUUUUUAUUAAUAUUAUUACGUUACAUGAUUGUGUACUGGUGAUUGUGAAAGAACAUGUUCUGUAUUUUCGUCUUGCUGGAUUUUAGUGACCAAUGGUAAAGCUUUUCGCCAGGCA